AUGGCCAACGACAUUCAUCUGGAGCUGAUCCUGGCCUCCCUGGAGGCGAUGGGGGACAUUGUCAGGAGGCUGGAAGAGGUUGGUUUCCUGUUGUGUCUCGAGGAUCUAGAACAAAUGGAGAAGGACAUGGAAGAGAUGGUCGAUGCCCUCCAUGAAAACGACCAGCUAGUGCGAGGCCUGGGCCAGCUUGGGCAGAGCGUUGCUAUGUACAUCCUGGCCCAUGCCUGGACCGCUCUGUGCGAGCUAGGCCCCAGGAGAAUCCAACUGACUCUGCGACGCGCGAUGGACGGGCAGCGUUGUGAACUUGAUUGCACCUCAACACUGCUGACGGCCAGACAAAUUCAGCGCCGUCUCCGGACGAUGGACUCGGACCACAUGCUUAGCAAGCUCCGGGGCCUGCAGGGACUCUUUCGUAAGACUAGGCCUCCCGAAGGCUUUGGGAGUGUGGCUACCGACCCCGUUGUGGUGACCGUGCUUGGGAGGACCAAUAUAUUCGGCCUCCUGGCCCGGGCAGAGAGGUUGGUGGAGCGCACCUUGGGGACGGGCAGUUUUGGCGACCUGGCGAUGCUGAAGAGCAUUUCGGAAUUGCUGAUUCUCCGGAUCUUCUGA